ACAUCUGGGAUGGCAUGAGGGUGAGCAAAUGAUGAGAGAGUUUUCAUUUUUGGGUGAACUAUCCCUUUAAAGGGGUGCCUUUGGCCCGUUGUUCCCUACUGUUCUUGUAGAUGUAUAGGCCUGUUUUAAUGUUCAAAUCCAGUUAAAUGUUUUCUCUCUAGAUUUCUUUACUGGAUGUGUAAGAUAUACUGCACUGCAGGCCUUAAAUAUAAAUAUUAAAAUCUCAAAUUAAGACAAACUUCAUAUAAAAACUAGCUUGUUUACACUUUAUAACACACAGUAAAGGCAAUUCUAUUUUAAGAGACUGCUACGAAAGUUUCAGACACCAUUCUUCAGGAGCACUCUGGUCAUCUGACCCUAACCAUCCUCCUCCACUCCUCAUCCUCCCAUUCCAGGAAUUCUCCACGCUACUAAUGCAGCGCAUGCGCACUGGAGCUCACGGGAAGCCAUGUUAAAGUUACAGUCAAGUGCUGGUCCUGAGAUUUUCUUCUGUUUAUUUUUUUCCCCGUUUUUCUCCUUUUGUCCGUGUCAGGACCCCCAGGAAAUCUACGUUUAAUAGUCAGAGACCGGAGUGCCCAUGAUGAACUCCAGUUUCGAUCUGUCCAGGCGAAAUCCGCAAGAGGAUUUUGAGCUUAUCCAGAGGAUAGGCAGCGGGACCUACGGGGAUGUCUACAAGGCUCGUAAUGUCACUUCAGGAGAACUAGCUGCCAUCAAGGUCAUCAAACUGGAGCCAGGCGAGGACUUCGCAGUGGUUCAGCAGGAAAUAAUCAUGAUGAAAGACUGCAAGCACUCUAACAUUGUGGCCUAUUUCGGUAGUUACUUAAGGAGGGAUAAAUUAUGGAUAUGCAUGGAAUACUGUGGGGGAGGUUCACUGCAAGACAUAUAUCACGUUACUGGUCCACUAACAGAAUCGCAAAUAGCAUAUGUAACAAGAGAAACCCUUCAGGGUUUAUAUUACUUGCACAACAAAGGAAAGAUGCAUCGAGAUAUAAAGGGAGCCAAUAUUUUAUUAACGGACAAUGGUUACGUCAAGCUAGCUGAUUUUGGUGUAUCUGCACAGAUCACGGCCACACUAGCUAAAAGAAAAUCCUUCAUUGGGACUCCUUAUUGGAUGGCCCCAGAGGUGGCAGCCGUGGAGAGGAAAGGCGGCUACAAUCACCUGUGUGACAUCUGGGCUGUUGGCAUCACCGCUAUUGAACUAGCCGAGCUACAGCCUCCCAUGUUUGACCUUCAUCCGAUGAGAGCGCUGUUUUUGAUGACGAAAAGCAACUUUCAACCCCCCAAAUUAAAAGACAAAGUUAAAUGGACCAAUAAUUUCCACAAUUUUGUGAAACUGGCAUUGACGAAAAAUCCAAAGAAAAGGCCACCAGCUGACAAAUUAUUGCAGCAUCCCUUCGUGUCCCAACCGUUGAGUCGUACAUUGGCAAUAGAGCUCCUGGAUAAGGCCAACAACCCUGACCACUCGUCCUACACAGACCUGGAUGACGACGAUCCAGAGCCAGAGCCUCCAGUGUCUGUUCCACAUCGGAUUCACUCAACGAGCCGUAACAGCCGGGAUGGAAAGACUCUGUCAGAGAUUAACUUCGGUCAGGUGAAGUUUGACCCUCCUUUAACAACAGAGACGAAACCUCAUCAUGAACCGCCCGACACUGAUGUUUUUUUGGACUGUGCUGAAGAAAUAUACUACACUGCAAGAUCUAAUCUGGACUUUCAGUUGGAUUAUGGACAGGGAUCCCCUAAAGGAUCAAUCCUGGGAGGAAAUAAGAGUCUCUUGAAAUCUGUUGAAGAAGAAUUACACCAGAGGGGGCAUGAGGCUCAUUUGGGGGAUGAUGAGGGUGAAGAUGAUGGUGAUGAUCAUGAUGAUGAAAUGCAACACACGAAAAGCUCCACCAUGAGGCCCAAAUUCCCCCCACCGCUUCCUCCCAAGCCAAAGCCCAGUCCCGAACCACAUCAAAGCCCAUCUGGUGAUCAUGACAGCAGCCAGGGCACUAUAAAGCGUUGCCCUGGGACAGAGAGCCCGGUUCGAUCUUCCACCAAUGUACCGCCCCGACCUCCACCUCCUCGACGGCCCAUACACAAGCUCAGCAGUUUAGGUAAUGACACCACUCGGGAAGAGCAUGAUCCGUGGGAAGUCCAGGGAUAUGCUGGGAUAUGUAGUCAGUUCGACGAAAGGCUGCAGGUCUCGUAUGACGAUGAGGAUGAUCAUGAUGAGGAAGGAGACAGCAAUGGAAUUAGCCCAUCUGAACACUCACCAUCGGCAGAGAGACAGUCCACAAUGCCCCCUACUGUUCCCACAGCAAAGGACAAGAAAGAUUUUCCAAAACCCAUCAGUAAUGGUCUCCCUCCAACUCCAAAGGUUCAUAUGGGAGCAUGUUUCUCUAAAGUCUUCAACGGCUGUCCAUUAAAAAUACACUGUGCUACCUCAUGGAUCAAUCCAGACACGAGAGAUCAGUAUCUGAUAUUUGGAGCAGAGGAAGGUAUUUACACAUUAAAUCUGAAUGAGCUUCACGAGACGUCCAUGGAACAGCUUUUCCCACGGAGAUGUACUUGGCUGUAUGUCAUGAGCAACAGCCUGCUAACAAUAUCCGGAAAAGCAUCUCAUUUGUACUCGCACAGUUUGACGGGCUUGUUUGAGCACGCUCGACACAUGCAGAAGCUCCCUGUCGCCAUACCGACGCAUAAAUUGCCCGACAAAAUAAUCCCCAGGAAGUUCACUGUGUCCAAUAAGAUCCCUGAAACAAAAGGGUGUCAAAAGUGCUGUGUAGUGAGGAAUCCUUACACUGGUCACAAGUAUCUGUGUGGUGCCUUUCAGUCCAGUGUUAUCCUGUUUGAGUGGGUUGAGCCAAUGCAGAAAUUCAUGUUGGUCAAGAGUAUAGACUUCCCCUUGCCAUGUCCGCUGGAAGUGUUUGAGAUGCUGGUGGUUCCAGAGCAUCAGUAUCCGCUCAUCUGUAUAGCUGUGAGCAAAGGCACAGAGCUCAACCAGGUGGUGCGCUUUGAGACGCUCAACCCAAACUCCAUCACCAACUGGUUCACUGAUUCUGAUACCCCACAGAGUUGCGUGAUCCAUGUGACCCAGAUGGAGAGAGAUACAAUUUUAGUCUGCCUUGACCGGUGCAUUAAGAUUGUGAAUUUGCAAGGACGGUUGAAAUCCAGUCGAAAGCUGUCGGCAGAACUCACUUUUAAUUUCCAGAUUGAAUCAAUAGUUUGUCUACAAGACAGUGUGUUGGCCUUCUGGAGGCAUGGCAUGCAAGGACGCAGCUUCAAAUCCAGUGAGAUUACACAGGAGAUUUCUGACAACUCAAGAAUAUUCAGGCUGUUGGGUUCAGACAGAGUGGUGGUUUUGGAGAGUCGGCCGACAGACAAUCCUAUGGCACACAGCAAUCUCUACAUCCUCGCAGGACAUGAAAACAGCUACUGAAUGUGAUGCAUCCUGGGCAGAAACAUUACAUGCAACGUAAUGGAUUGCAACGUAAACGUUCCAAAUGGCCCAACGACAACUGACCACCCGUCAGAAGAACCACAACUCGGCUGUUGUUGGACCACUGAGAGCGCUGUGGAAGACUUGAGCGGCUACAAAGAUUUCAGAGUACGAAGAAAAGUGCACGGUAUUCGACAGUACUACAGUAUGCACUUUCACCCCUAACUGUUUUAGGGGCCUUACUUAAGUUUGGCUUCUGGAAAUCAUUUUAAUGGUUUUAAUUUAUUUUUACAUGAAACACACACUCACCGUUUAAAGAUUUUUGUUGUUUGUUUUUAGCCACUACACUCACAGACGCUAACCACACAAGUGCUUGAAGAUGCGUAUUUAAUUAAUGUACAUACAGACAUAUAGUAUUGUUAAGUUGUACUCUUUGUAUUGGUUGUGUAAAUAUCAUACUGUAUGUUGUACAGGUUCGUGGCAGCGUAGGCUGCUGUAAAGGACUGUGAGAUACACAAAGCCGAAGUGCCCAUCUUUCCAAAACCUGCCUUUUUAACAUAUUUGGUUUUGUUUGUUUUUAUUAUACAACCUAAUCGUUCUGAUAUAAAGCCAAAUGCCGUUUUUUAUUGAGCAACUUUUAAUUCAGUGGCCCUCAUAAUUGUUUUUAACUCUGUGGUAUAUGCACUCACAUCAAAUUUGCACAAUGUUAUUAAAAGGUUUAUGAGUUGAUGUAAAUGUAUGUUGAAAACCAUGCAGAUAGUAACAUAUAUAUACAAAAGCAUUUUCUGUAAAUGUGUGUACAAGUAUAAAUCUAAUAAGCAAUAAAUCAAGAUGUUUUUACAUAAUUUUAAAUAAAUCAUACUGAAAGGGAGUCGUGUGAAUGAGAUCACUGUCUGCAUCUGUAGACACUAUUUACAAGACAAUGGUGGCAUUUUUUGUAAUUGCUGUAAAGCUUCAGCAACAUGUACAGGAAUUACAUCACCAUUUGAGAGUAAAGGAAAUUCCAUCGUUGUUUUUUUUUUUUUUUUUUGAGUGACAAGUUAAUACAUUUACAGAAUUCAUUUUCUUUUUUGUUUGUGUCUAUCUAUGUACAUAUUGUAAAAUAAAAUCACUUGGUUU